CGUGCUUUAAGGUCAGUCAUGUGAUUUCCGCAAACUUCAUGUGAUUGUAUGCAAAUAUCUUCCAGGAUGAAAAAUAUGAUUUUAUUUAUAAUGCCACAAUGAUGACAGAAAAAGAGAGAUUAUUUUGUUAGCAUUAAAGAUACCUAAAGGUAUUUAACUGUUACUAUAGUGACAGUGCCAUGAAGACAUGAAAACAGGAGGUUGAGAAAUUGGUCUAUGCUCUGUUGCUGUUACUAAUAUAGCAUUAAUAUCACCAUGACAGAAGUCUUGUUCAAAGUCAUUGUCAUUGGUGAUCCUACUGUCGGAAAAACGUCUUUUGUACAGAAGUAUGUCAAUGACUCUUUUAGACGAGAUUACAAGAUGACCAUUGGAGUUGAUUUUGCUUUAAAAGUUAUCAAAUGGUCUGAUAAAUGCAACAUCAAACUGCAGCUUUGGGACAUUGCAGGCCAGGAACGCUUUACUUCCAUGACCCGUGUUUACUAUAAAGAUGCCCACGCCUGCUUGGUCAUGUUUGACCUGACCCAGAAGAAUACUUUUCAGAGUUGUGUCAAGUGGAAGAAAGAUCUGGACCAGAAGUGUACUCUCGUUGAUGGGUCACCGGUGCCUUGUCUCCUGUUAGCAAAUAAGAAUGAUGAUACUGCAAACAGGGAAGUCACUCAGGAUGAGAUUGAAGAACUUUGCAGAGAACAUGACUUUCUAGGUUGGAGUGAAACAUCCGUGAAGGAAGGCACAAUGAUAGAAGAAUCUAUGGGGUUUCUUAUCGAAGAAAUGAUGGCCAAACAUGCAGAGCUGGAAGGAUUCUCUGACUCUUUCCCCGCUGUUGGAUCUGAGCACAAGAUUAAGUUGAAAAAAGAAGACAGCACCCAGCAGAGUGUAUCCAAAUGUUCAUGUUAACUUCUUACUAUAGUUUAUUUUUUUAUCCUGCUAUAAUAUCAAGUACUAAAGUUGUGAUUUUGUUACAAAAUAAAGCUAAUGUAUAAUAGUCGUAAGUAGCUAGAAUAACUACUUAGAGAAGAGAAAAAAAUGAUAAAGAAACCGAUUGUAGAAUAUUGUAUUGCAUUGUAGAUUUUGAUGUAUGGAAAUUGUUUUUUUUUUGUUGAUAUUGCACAAUGAAAAUAGGCAGUUAUUUUUAUAAUGUGUGCUUCUAAUCAGUUGACUUUCUUUACUUUCUUUACGUCCAUUAUUUCUAAACUGUUUUACGUUUGGUUUUAUGACCAUUUAGUACAAGUUUUAUAUUUCAUUUUAAACUUUUGUACUUGUGUAUUUGUUCCUUAAGAUGUCGGAUCACGAUCAGAAAAACGUCAUGAGAACAAGUCCAAUCUUUUCAUACACUUUGUGGCCCAUUUGUAUAAACACACAUCAAUUGUAUUUCUAGUAUCAUUUUAUGAUAGAGUCUAAGAUAAAAAUAGCAUGACUUGAGGAAAGAAGGCGUGGAGACUUGGAAAAAAAAAAUCAAUGGCUUUUAAAUAAUGUGCAAUAAAGAACUGUGGGCUGGAAAUGUCCAAUGGCUUGAAUGUACUGUGCCGUUACCUUUUGUGAUUUUUCCCAUUCACACUGAUGCUAGUUUUUAGAAAAUGUGUUCAAAUAUUUUCUAACAUCUUUGCUCUGUUUGCGUCAUGUGAUCAUACUGACAACAGACAUCUAACAAAUGAUUGAUUAUGCAUUCUAUAAUUAAGUGAUCUGAAUGUUCAGACAGUGACUAUGUAUGAGGCUGAUAGAGAAAUCUAAACUGUGUGUUCAAUAUUGAAAUGAAGCUAAUUUCUUCUAGUUGUGGUUCAGGGGGAAAAUUUUCUUUUUGUAUUCUCGAAUACAACAUAAAUCAUAAUAAAGUUGUCCCUUUAUAGUCCAACAGUUACAGGACCAGAGGGGGUGUUGGAUUAUAGAUCACAAAAGGUUAGCUUUAAUUCAAAGAAUUUAAGCAUUCUAUUUAUGAUUUGGCAAGAUACUCUCUAGGGUAUAAAAUAAACAAUAGAUGAAAAAAAUUGAUAAAAAAAACCUACGAUUUCAGCUUGCCCAUACUUUACUAAAGGACACUUUAAGUUGGAUUAUUGAGUGAUUUGGACUCUGAAAUGCCAGACUAUCAAGAGUCAACUUCAUUAUAUGAAUAUGAAAAAACACAUUGCCGUAAAACUAUUUACAAUAAAUUAAAGUUCAUCAUUAUGUUGGUUGCAUAGGCCAUGAAUAAAAGACACAAGGAAAGUACAUGUUUUAUAGAGCUACCAUAGUUCUAGCUUUGGGAUCAAGAGUUUAACUAAGGCCUUUUGAAAUUGUUGCUCAAUGAUACAUACCGGUAUUGUAAUAUUUUAUUUUUAAACAUAUUGGUUCUCAUAUAGUUCUUUCUACAGUAGACAUUUUUUAAAAUGAUAUACAAGUCUGAACAUUAUUCCCUGCAUUGAUCACUUGCAUAAUGUUUAAAUACUGUUAUGGCUCGCUUCUCAUAGUAUGGUUCAUAAUAAAGUCUUGUAUUUUAGUUAUGUUUCUGUUACAUUACUGUUGAUGUGAAUGUUUGUAGAUACUAUUUCUUCUUCCCCGAUACAACAAUGUUUUAAUAUUAUUGAAAAUAAUUUCCACUUGCAAUCACAUGGCUCUCAAUAAAAAAACUUUUUUAAUUUUACAGUUUGAAAUGACCAAGACGCUCUUGUAAUAUACAUUAGUUGUCAGGGAAAGAUCUAAAACUAUUUUUCUUUAGUGUUUCUUUCAAACUAUGCCAUGCUCAGUGCGCUAUGGUCCAAUUUUUGUGUGGACCUGUGGGUGGGUUGGAGGAGUGUCUGAGAGGUCUCUGUGUUGCAUUUACCAGGCUGGUAUUCAAACUAACUUCCUUCAUAGAUAGCGAAGGGGUUUAAGGGACUAGGCCACAUAUCCCAUGUUAAAAUUGUAUAUCUUUUUGCUAAAUUUUUCUAUUGAAGAUUAUUACAAAUGAGCCCAUAUCUCCCACAGGACACCAGGGAAUGGCAGUGGGAAGGGCUUGAACCCAGGACUAUUAACAUGACAGUCUAGAAUACAUAACACACAUUGAAGCUUUCAACAUUACAUCUCUGUCAUCUAAUUUGUAGAGCUAGUAAAUGAAUUUUUAUUACCAGUGUUCAGAGUUAGGUUUCACCAUUCUGAGGACAAGUGUUCCUCAUAUAGAACUAUCCUCAUUCAACUUCAGAGACAUUUAUUCCAAAGCACUGCGUGUAUUAGGGAUAACAAACUGUUCCUUUCAUUAAAUAAUUAGCUGCUGAUUGGAUAGUUCUUUAGUUGUUAUAUGCAUAUCUUGGUCCAGAAAUAGUUCAACUGAAAUAAUUAUUUAGUUGUGAAAUAUCCCACUUUCAGUCAGGGUGUUUCAUGGUCACUUGUGUUAUGGCACGAUUAGAAAUUAGUUACUUGUUUCAUAGAAAGGGAACAUUUUGACUUAGAGACAAUGACGUGACUAGUAAAAACAAGACUUGAAUUUUAGGAAGAAUAUCGAAAAGUAAACAGACUUCUUUUGACGGCUUUAGAGAGAGGCAGUUUUUAAUGGAGAUAUAGCUUGAUGACAUUUGAUGGUUCUCUUUGUUAUUACUAAACUUCAAGUUCGACAUUUGCUAUCAGUGUCGACUCACUUCUAUUGUUGUCCUUUCGACUGUGUUAUUUGAUUUCGUUAUUUGAGUUUGACUUAGCUGCAUAUGACACAUGGCAGAAGCGCCUAACACUUGUCAUCACCGAGAAGUACAUAGAAGCCUCAUUCCUGAUCAUGUGUGUGUGUGUGCAUACAUUAUUUAUGUGAAUGCUGUUUGUGUUUGCAUCUCUAGUGCUAUGGUAUAGUAGUAAAGCUGGGGUUGUAGUCAAACUGAAUUUCAAUUUGUUUGGACCAAUAGAAGUAUCAUUUCUUAUUCAAGUAUUUCAACGUUUCAUUUCAGACAUUUAUCAAAGACAAUAAUUCUCAUAAUAUUUCAUUGGCAAUUUUUUUUUUUUUUUUUUUACAAAAUCUAUAUACACAAUUGUACACAUAUUUUGUUGAUUGAACCAUUGUGUAAGUCUCCUGGAUUGAAUAUCAUUGUUUAAUUGUGUACUUUGAAAAUGCCGCUUUACAUUCUGGCAACAGCUGCUGUCCUCACAUUUCAGCAUUGUAUUCACUUUGUUGUAGGAUUUGAUUGCAUGAAAGAAAAAAAUAUGCUUGUUUAAGCUUUUUAUGUAAUUUUGUAUAUUUAUAUUGUCAUUUUAACCUUUAUAAUAUUCAUUUUAUAACCAGUUUUGAGUUUUUUGAAGUUUUAAUAUUCAUAUAUACCUAUAUGUUUUAGGGGUCAUAAUAAAGAAUAAUUGGGCCCUUUCUUUUUUUAACAAUUUAGUGCUACCUUUAUGAAAUCAUUUUACGACAGAGUUCUAUUUAAACCACUGUGUUGUUUGAUAAAUAACAUAUUUACUUUUUUUCACCCUUUAAUACAGAGAGAGAGAGAGAGAGAGAGAGAAAGAAUACAUAAAAUCAAUAUCACAAAUUUUUUAACAAAAUUAGUCCUGUUAGUCCUCUUGUAUCAAAGAAGACAGGAAGUGAUCAUCGUAACUGAGUAUCUUUACUUAUCGGCACAAAUCAUAAAUUUAAAAUGUUGUUAACAUUGUAAUGAAAAACAUUUUAAAAUGUCCAUAUCCGAUUGAGAGUUAUAACAAUGAUCCUCUAUUGGCAAUCUAAGAAUGACAUAAUAGCAAGUAAUUUUUCCUUUCAGAAAUUAAAUAGCUACCAUGCUGAGUCCAUUUUUAAAAUGAACGUGAACAUUUUAAAGACAAUCUUGAUCUCUUUUCCUAGCUACCAGUGUAUUGUAAUUUCUUCAAUUGACAUCGGCUUGUUGUUAUAAAUCAAUACACUUUGGACUACUGGAUAGUUUGUCCAAUUCUUUCUUUUUCAUUAUAUGAAAGUUUGUUUUAGGCAAUUUUCUUAUAUUAAGAAGCACAAUUUGUAUAAAAUGGCAUACUGGACAGGAAUAAACUGUUUGAAAAGAUUUUAUUGAUUCCCAUAUUAACUGUGUGAGUGUAACUGUUGCCGAGUUGUGUCACAUCAAGAUGGACCGCAUAAUUAAAUAGGAAUCUAUUCCCAACACACCUUUACAGAUGUUGCUUCAAAAAAAGAUUAAGUCCAAUCCAUAUCAAUGUUAAUCUUGUUGAUUAGAGACUUUGACUCUAAUAUGAUUAAAACAACCUUUACUUUAAUUAGUAUAAAUACAAUUUAAAAAAACAACAAUGCAAUAGACAACACACCUUUACAGAUGUUACUUCAAUAAAGAUUAUGUCCAAUCCAUAUCAAUGUUAACCUUGUGGUUCUUCUUGAUUAGAGACUUUAACUCUAAUAUGAUUAAAACCUUUACUUUAAUUAGUUUAAAUACAAUUUAAAACAACAAUGUAAUAGUAUCCAAAAGUAAAGGAAUUCAAUUUAAUUUUUUUUUUCAAAGAAUUUAGUACCAGUACUCUUUUUGGACUAAACAGAAACUUAAAAUCUCUUUAUCAAAUUUCCUGCAAUUGUAUGCAUAGCUACAAAGCAAGGCUAAGACUUUGGUAGAGUGAAAUGAUUAGUAAAUUCUAGAUUGCUGUAUUUUUUGUUUCUGGAAAUUCUCAUUCUAUAAAUACUAUGCUUAUGUGAGUAUUUUUUUUUUUUGUUUGAGCAAGGUUUUAACUUUGAGGUAACAAAGGAGUUUUGUAGGAAACUCUUCACUAAUUUAACUUAUUUUAAAUUUGAAAACCAAUUUUGUUUGAGAAAUUAUGUCUAUUUAUAGUUCUAGUCUAGUCUGAAUUGUAGUAAAAUUUCCGCUAAUCUCUGAAUUGUAGACAUAUAUUUGACUAAAACAAAAUUAGCUUUGUGAUACACUUGUUUUACAUUUGACAACUUUAUACUUGAAAGGCUCUUGCAGAUUUAUCAUUCACAUGUGUUUGCUAUUGUUUGUUGAAUGCCUUAAAGAAAAAUAUAUUCACAGUUGAACUAAAA